UUGCGCCCUUCUGGGAGAUCAUCGGAAAGCUUUCGCUUUCGUCAACAAGUAAAAUCGGCUCGCCACGUACGUUUUCUGUCGUAUAAAAAUUAUCCGUCAAUUACUUCAGAGAAAAGGGGAGCAGAAAUCAUUCUCAUAACCGAUACUCCGCAAAAAGACCUUAUACGCGAUGUUUGCGGUCAAUUUUUUUUCACCCUGAAUAAACGCGUGUGCAUCUCACACGUCAAUAAUACGUAAAUAUAUACACGCGUGUAUGUGGUUAUAUAUAUCACGUAACUAUCGAAGCAUUCGAAGGAUUUUAUACAAGUCAAGAUGUGGUUUCCGAGAUGGUUUCAGGUCAUAUUAGUAAUUUAUUGUGGCUUAGAAUCAUCGUGGUCUUACAACGUCCCAUGUAGUUUCAAUACCAUGUGCCUGUGUUGGGUCCAAGACGAUGCGGAGUACACGCAAAUGGAUGUUAGCUGUAUGGGGAUUCCCUUCGCACGAUUUCCCGAAAUACCGGUACAAUACAUAGCACAAUUGGAUGUCGUUGGUUCUGGAAUGCAAGUAUUGGAGAACGAAGCUUUGGUCAGUUCUUACGUCGAAGCCUUGGGAUUAAUGAGCAACCGAUUGAUGAUUGUGGGAGAGAAAUCACUCUCGGGAGUAGCCGAUCAUUUGAGAUCGUUGGAUCUCAGCUACAAUUACUUCGCCGAAGUACCUCUCAACGCCCUACAAAGUUUGAAAAAAUUGACAUGGCUCAACAUGCACAGCAAUUACCUCACGACCCUCGAUGGAAAUUGGGGAUAUCUACCGAAUACCUUGACCAACGUAUUUUUUGGCGACAAUUCGAUAACCGAUUUGCCAAAUUGUUUUAAAAAUUUCAAAUCAUUGGUUUGGCUAAAUUUGGACAACAAUAACAUACAAGUUAUCGACGAAGCAUCGUUACCACCCCAUAUUCAAACGUUGAGCAUUAAUAAUAAUUUGAUAAAAGAAUUUCCCGCGAGUAUUGGUGCACUCGAAGAUCUCACCUGGCUCUACCUGAAGGGUAACGAUAUGAAAAGUUUGGUAUUGCCGCAUAUUUCAAGCUCUAAAUUAGAGCUUAUCGACGUUAGCGAUAAUUGUAUAAGCGGUGUAAAACGCAGCGAUAAUAACCACACUUUGCAAGUUAGAGAUUUUAACUUGGCUAACAACAAAUUAUCGUCACUUCCCGACCGGAUGUUCAAAAAUAUUUUAAUCAGAAGAUUGUAUUUAUCGUCCAACGAUAUACACACGAUACACGGUAACGCUUUCAAAGGUCUAGAAGAUUCUUUGGAAUACCUUAACCUGGAGAAUAAUAAUUUAAUGAGCGUUCCAGAGGCAAUACAAACGAUGAAUCGAUUAACUUAUUUGUACCUGGCAAACAAUAAGAUUUCGAAUGUAUCGGAGGAUAGCUUUUUACGCUCCAGUGAGACUCUGAGAGCGUUAUCAAUCGCUACGAAUAAUUUUAAAUACGUACCAAUAACAGCGUUGAGCAAAUGCAAUAAAUUGCUUCAUCUCAAUUUGGGGUACAACAACAUCGUUGCCAUUCAACCCGGGGACUUCGAAUGGGCACACAAUCUGGAGAUUCUGUUGUUGAGGAAUAAUAUGUUGACUAAAUUGAAACCCGCGACAUUUCAGGGUGCGCAAAGACUGAAAGAAUUGAGUUUAUCGUUCAAUCAUAUAGCAGAAUUGGACGACGACGCUUUUCUUGGUAUUGAAGAAAGCUUGGAGAUAUUGGAACUGAGCUUCGCCUUCGCGAUGGAUGUUUUCCCCCGACACGCUUUGAAACCUUUGAAAAAUUUGCUCUGGAUGGUCCUCGACAAUAACAAUUUCCAGAUAUUGGAUACCACCACAUUUUACACGUUUCAAAAGUUGAGAUACAUCAACCUGGAGUCAAACAGACUUCAGUAUCUACCGGAGCAAAUAAUCCAUUCCUCGAUUCACGUGGAAUUACGUGACAUAAAACUGGGCUAUAAUUUUCUGGAGAGCAUCCCAUCGAACACCUUUCACAAUCUUACCGAACUGAGGUCACUGGAUUUAUCGGGUAAUCGUAUCCACUUUUUGACCCCAUCUUCCAUAAGCUCUUGUCCAAAAUUGGUUACCAUAUCUUUGGCGCAGAACAAAAUCGUUCAUUUGAGCCCGGGGACAUUCGGUCAACUUCAGAGUCUCCAGUUUUUGCAUUUGGAAUUCAAUUAUCUCGCUAAAUUGAACCUGGACGCCAUAUACGACAGCGGAAACGAGGACUUUACAUUGAACGUUUCUUUCAACGCGAUAAAUACGAUCAUCCCCGGAGACUUGCCCACUCUGAAACACUUCGAUCUAAGUUUCAACAACGUGACGUCGAUACCAGGAAACGCGUUCAACAGCACCCCAAAUUUAAGGGUCUUAGAUUUGCGCAGUAAUUAUAUAACGGCCAUCGAAUCCGGUGCGUUUAUCCUGAAACAUUUGGAGUAUCUGAAUUUAAAAAAUAACAAGAUAGAAGUGCUGAGCAAACAGGCGUUUUAUGGUCUGGAAAUAUUGCAACAAUUGGAUCUCAGUGGUAACAGCAUAUCGCAACUGAUGAUGGAACAGUUUAGAAAUUUGAAGAAACUGCGAAUACUGAAUUUAUCGAGAAACAAAAUCCGUUCGUUACCUCGUGACGUCUUCGAAGGAACUCACAUCGAGAUAUUGGACCUCAGCAACAACAGAUUUUACGUUGUACCUUCCACGUCAUUCGCAGAGGUCGGCUACACUCUGAGGAAUUUGAACUUGGGAAAUAAUUUCAUCGAUCAUCUGGACUCAGCUUCGUUUCCUACCUCCCUGUUAAACUCUCUAAACUUGGCACACAACCGACUCACCAUAUUACCGGACAAUUCAUUCGUAGCUCUAGGGAAACUCCUGACGUUAAACAUAUCUCACAACAGCCUUCAGGCAAACUAUAAAGAAUUAUUUCACUACCUUCCGGAUCUGAGACAACUUUAUCUGGCGAAUUGCGGGCUCAAAAAUAUACCGAUUUUACCACUGGCUAAUCUAAGUUUACUGGAUCUGUCGCUGAACGAUGUUGAUUCGAUAACAAGUGAAGAUUUUCAAUUUCUUGGCGAGCUCAAAACUUUGUACAUGAUGAAAAAUUUGCUGAAAUCGAUGCCUACGGUGAAAUUGAAUUACCUAAGGGAACUGGACGUCUCUGGAAACUUGAUCGAGGAAUUAACGAAGGAGAUGUUCUCGGGUUAUCCACGCCUGGAGAAAUUGAACAUAAAGAAUUUGGACAGCGUGAAAUCGAUCGACAGAGACGCUUUGGCUCAUUUGAGAUUUUUGAAAUAUUUGCAAAUCCAGACGUGGUCGCGAGCCAAAGAUUAUCAUCUGAAGUUUUUGGUACACGGUUUACCCCUGCGAGUAGUCGAGAUUGAGAUAAAGGAAUCGGUACUCAGAAACCAGAUAGAAAACGCUUUUUCCAAGCAGUUGAAAGAGUUAACGAUAACCGGAAACGACCUCGAGACUGUCUCUUCCGAAGCGUUUUCCACCAUAGAAGGUGGUGAGCUUAUAUUACGUAUAAAAAACACUCGAGUCCAGAGAUUUCAGUCGGACAUAUUUCUCUCCUUGACGAAAAGGCUGUCUCAAUUGACUCUGGACCUCCGUGACAACCACAUAAACGAACUGAGUCCGUCAAUUAUCUAUGGGAAUUUAUCAUGGGAAGCUGUUGGAACAAAUAUGGUUGCCGGAGGUCUGCAAGUUUCCGGAAAUCCAUUAGAAUGCGACUGCGAGAUCGCCUGGUUGAGCUUAUGGCUAAGAAGAUGGCUCAGGGAAUCGAGACAGAUUCAUACAGCGUCUCAAUCGGACGCCAGACAACUACGGACCAUCGCUGGUCGAGCAGUUUGCACGGAAACGAAGCCUUCUUAUUCUUCAGACAAGGUUUUACUAACCCUCGGUACACCCCAUACGGCAUGUCAAGCUUCAGCGUUAAGUUCCGGUCACUACGAACAUGGCAGCCCUUUGCACUGGUUCAUUGGAAUUUUAACUAUACUGCUGUUAUCGGCUCAACUUAAUAUUCAUUUUUAAACUAAAAGAAAACUGAGUCGAUAAUAAUGAAAUAAUGUGAUAGAAGAUAAUGCAAUACGGAAUUACAUGUAAAAAUUGAGAGUGGUUUCGAGUCACGUCGAUAAAAAAUUAACGGAGCGUAGUUGAAACGAGAUUGAAUACCAAAGACUAUUGGACGGUUAACCAAUUUAAGUAUUAAACAAGAUUACAACGCGGGCCACCGCGAUAAAUAUUAAAAAAAAUCAUUCGGAACAUGUAUUAUAUACCUAUACGUAGGUACGUAAGUUAUCAAAAUCAUUUCGAGGUAUACCUAUAAUUAUAGCGCGGUUAGAGGGCUGAGAAAAAAAUUUAUUAGACUAGUUUUUCGAAAAGCGUACAUUUUUAUAUCAUAUAAUUCAAGGGAUUAGUGUGUGUACAACGUCCUAGGAGAAAUUUUUAGAGAUGCAAAGCUGUUCUUCAGUCAAAUUACUUUGUUUUGUGAUAUAGCAAUAUGGGUGCACAAAUUCAUAAGAAAUUACAUAACGAAGCUUUGAAAAAACGAGAAUUCGACGUGCAUCUGUUGCAGACAUAUCAAUUAUUCGAACGUAUGAAUAAAAGAUGAUCAACUAUUUUUUACGCGAGAAAUAAAAGACACGCAGCUCGAUCGGCUGACGAAAUGUUAUAAAUCAUCAUUGUUUAAUAUUAUUUAUUGUAUUAAAAUAUAAAGUUUAUUACUGCUGGGAA